CUUGCACACAUUUAAGAAGUAAUGUUGCAAGAAAUACCAGCUCUAGGAGCAAAGGAAGAAUCACUGUCUCUUGAGCUCCUUCCCAAGAAUACGCCAUUGAAAUAUCAACCAUAGGGACCCUUUACCCCACAGGAGAGUUGAAUCAAGGCCAGUAGUAUGAAUAAGGUGGCAAUUCUGAAGGGAAGAUUUUUGUAAGAAUGGACCCACACCAGCAGAUCGCCAGCAUAUAUAAUAGGGAUACAUUACGGAUUCCCAAGUAUGAAAAAACUUCCCAGUGUACGAACCAGGUACAAAAGCAUGAGGAUAGGCCCACAGAAGGAAGACGGCACACAUGUAGUGAAUGUGGAAAGAAGUUUGCUCAGAGCUCAGGCCUUGUUCGACAUCGGAGAAUCCACACUGGAGAGAAACCCUAUGAGUGUGAUCACUGCGGAAAAGCUUUCAGUGUGCGCUCAACCCUCACAGUGCAUGAAAGAACCCACACUGGCGAGAAGCCCUAUACUUGUAACGAGUGCAGGAAAGGCUUCAGCGUGAGGGCAUACCUGAUCAUCCACCAGAGAAUCCACAAUGGGGAGAAACCCUAUGAGUGUAAUGAGUGCGGCAAAGCCUUUAGUGUGAGCUCAGACCUUAUCAAGCAUCAGAGAAUACACUCUGGUGAAAAGCCCUAUGAGUGCGUCGAGUGUGGGAAAGCCUUCAGCGUGAGCUCAGCCCUCAUCAAACAUCAGAGAAUCCACACAGGAGAAAAGCCGUAUGAGUGUAAGGAGUGUGGGAAGGCCUUCUACGUGAACUCCGCCCUUAUCAAUCAUCAGAGGAUUCACUCUGGAGAAAAGCCCUAUGAGUGUGGAGAAUGCAGGAAAGCCUUCAGCCAAAUCUCCACCCUCAUCCAUCACCAGAGAAUCCACACUGGAGAGAAGCCGUAUGAGUGUGAGGAGUGUGGGAAAGCCUUCCGUGGGAGUUCUAAUCUUACUAAACACCAGAAAAUACAUGCCAAAGGAAAGUGUCCUGGAGAAGUGAGAAGUCAGUGGAAAUAACUCCAGAAUGGUAACUAAAGUUCUAAAAUCACAUCUACUUCUGAGAUUGCCACUUUGCAAUAAGGAAUGCGCAGUUUCCAGAAUUUCUCAUCGGCACUUCUGACCAGUCAGCCCAUAGACACACUGGGUUCCAUGAAGCUUUGUACCAGCUUGUGCCGCCAAGCACUGAAGUCCGAGAUGCAUAUGGAAAAGCAUGUCACAGAGUCUCUGAUACUGAGGAUGGAGCUUUGCAGGCAGACUCUUCUUCUGGGAUCAGCACUGAAGAGAUGCCAUAUCCCAUCCCAAACCAGCACAGCUGAAUCCCAAGCACUAAGUGAUGGUGACUCCUGGCUGUAAACAAGGUUCCAUUUCAAAGCAGAGUUUUGCAGAAGUUCUUCAUCAAGUGAGGGAGGAGCCUCUUUGAAGAUUCACAGCUUAUAUUGCUUCAAGCCAAGCAGAGACUCUCUCUGAGAAAGAGACCUAAGGCACUUGGGAGAACUUGCCCUGAAGUUCACUUCUGUCCCUGCUCUGGGAGUGGGAAAUUCUCCCUUCACCUUGCGCACAGUUUCAACGUGUAAUAAACUAAUAAGAGAAGCAGCUGCUCCGUAAAAUGAGUGAUCUCAAAUGUCUUUCCCUAAUAGUACAAACCCUGGAACACCAGCAGUCUGCAUGCAAGCACCAGUGUAUCCAGAUCUGAGGAGACCCAACAAGUCAUCACAGUCUGGAAGGACCUUCAGUGUAAAGCCAAAUCCCAUUUCCCUACACAACAGAGAAGCCAUCCUGGAGAAGAGUCCCAGCGGAGUAAAGAGUGUGGCAAACACCUCACGUACCGGACUGGUCUUGUCAGAUGCCAGAGAACUGUUGGGAAUACCUUCAGUUUGUAAACGUUCCAUGUGAGCUCAAGUCUCAUUAAAUAUAAGUUGACUUUGGACAGGAGCGAGUAGGGAGGUCUUCAUUUGGAAAGAGUGCUUGUUACCACAAAACCCAUAAAUAUAAAAAUGUGGGAAGGCCUUCACUAAAAGCAGUCUUCUGUAUUGGUAACCAGAGCAAAAUCCUGAUGUACGACUGCUCUGGGGACACUUUAGCAUUAGCUCAAUUCUUAAAGUGUAUCAAAGAUGCCACACAGAGAAAAGUUCUGUGAGUGUAAGUGAUACGGAAAAGCCUUCAUAGUUCGGAUCUUAACCAAACACUGGUCUGCAUUAGAGAGGAGCCUUAUGUGUGGGACAAGUGUGGGAAAACCUUUCAAUGAACUUGUCUCUUACCAGACAUCAGAGAAUACAAAACAAAUACAAACAUCAAUUAUGAAAUAAUGUGGUAAAGGCCCAGGAUUUUUUUAAACAUAAAACAUCACCAUUAAGAAAAAACCCAACUGGGGCACCUGGCUGGCUCAGUUGGAAGAGCGUUUGACUCUUGAUCUCAGGGUUGUGAGUUCAAGUCCCACAUUGGGUGUAGAGAUCACUUAAAAAAAAAGAGAGAGAGAGAAUUGACCCAAUUGCAUCAGUCACUUUAGCAGUAUUUUAUGGAAUUGAAGACAAGUGUUAUUAGAGACUUUGUCAGGUCACUGCAUGGGCAAAGUUGAACUGAUACAAAUCUAUGGCAGAUCUCCAUGGGUAUUUAACUCUUUUGGGCACAGUUAGCUUUCAUUUUCUGUAGUAAAGGUAGAGAAUGAGGAGAAGUCUUUAUAACUAUUCACAAUUUUGGUGAUUGAAUCAUUUAUUACAUUUUUUAGUUUGGAAUUCAUGAUGCUGAUUAAAAUAGUUUUUCUACGAGUGA